AGUUUUUCAAAUAAUGUGGUGACUUUGUAGCAGUUGAGUGACGACAAACCGUUUAAUAUGCUGCAUUUUAAGGUGAAUCUCUGAGAAAUGACAAUUCUAGAUGAGUGUCACAAGAAGUUAGCUGAUUUACAAAAACAAGUAACUCAAACAAGCAAAAAUGUUAUAAAUCGUACACAAAAGUGGCGACGUCUGUCAACUGUACCAUCUACAGAUUGUGAUGUUGUAGUAAUAUUUAAAACAGAACUUUCCGAAGAGAUUGUUGACUGGCUGAUAAAAAUUAUUAAUAACCGUGUACCUCAACUGGUCAUACAUAAACAGUUUCAUCGCACAUCAAGGCAGUACGCGCUUUAUUUAACUGCUUCAUAUAGGGGUCUACUUACAGGUGCUGAAGAAUUAAGAAUUAAAAAGUCUCUAUUACCUGAACAUGGUGGUGGCUUACGUGAAUUUUCAGUUGAUGAAUUCAGUUUAUUCGAUAAUGUAAUGGAUGAGAAACUUUUUCUGUCAACCAGUGAACGUAGUAAUAUUGUUCAUCAUUUUCUGAUGAGUUUACGUGCUUGUCGCGAAGAUUCCGAUAUGUGUUCCAUUAAAUUUGCUAAUGAUCAAUGUAUGAUUCCAUCUCUUCAAUCCGCUGGUAUUAUCUUACAAAUAUUUCCAUUACACGAACCAAGUGAAUUAAAUAAGUUAACUAGUAUUUGGAUUCGUCGUUGGGUUGUCCUACAACCAUUAGAUGAAAUUAAAGAAUAUUUUGGUACAAAAGUUGCAUUCUAUUUUGCAUGGCUUGGCCAUUAUACAUAUUCAUUAAUAUUUCCAGCAGUUGUCGGACUUGCUGUUUGGUUAUUUGUUAAUCCUAACAAAAAUUCUUCAUUUUAUUAUUUAUUAAUGGCUAUUAUCAAUUUAAUAUGGACAUCAUUAUAUCUGGAACAUUGGAAAAGGACUAGUUCAUUUUUAGCUUAUCGCUGGGGUUCAUGGGAUACACCAAUUUCAUUAUUAGAAGAGCCUAGACCAUUGUUUAAAGGUAAAUUAUCUUUAUGCCCAAUUACCGGGAGACCUAUACGUACUUAUUCAAAAUGGAAACGUUUAUUAAUUUUAUGCUUUAUUACUACACCUAUUGUUCUACUUUCAUUAAUUAUUGUUAUUUAUAUCACAUUAAUGUAUGUUCGAUUACAAGAUAAAAUGAAUAUUUAUGCUGAUAAUAAUACAUCUAUUAUACCAAAUUUUAUAUUGGUGACUUCACCAAAAAUUUUCCUGGCUGUAUCAAUAUCAAUAAUGGAUUUUAGUUAUAAAAAAAUAGCUGUUUGGCUUACAGAUUUUGAAAACCAUCGUUUAGAAGAUGACUACAAUAAUCAUUAUGUAGUCAAGUUGAUUUUGCUUCAAUUUGUGAAUUCAUUUUAUUCCCUAUUCUACACAGCAUUUUAUCUGAAAGAUUUGGAAUUAUUAAGAAAGCAACUUGUAACAUUACUACUUACUCGGCAAAUAAUUGAUUCAAUCAGAGAAAUUUUUUUACCACUUGGUCACUCACGUUUACGACAAGUAUGGUUAUCAUUAAAAUAUGAACAGAGAUGCUUAGCUGAACGUAAUAAGUUAAAAUCUGAAGAUAAUAAUGGUUCAUUAUCAACAUCCAACCCUUCAUCAUCAUCAUCGUUAUCAUUAGCACAACCCAGUAACACAGAUUCAGAUGUUGAUAAAUGUUCAAUAUUGCCUGAAAAUAAAAGUCAAUGUGUUGAUAAUAACAUAACCAGGAUGGAUGUUGAUGUGAAUUCAGAAAUCCUUAUCCAUCAACGAAUCCAAAAAUUCACUGAAAAAAAUGAGUUAAACAAUAAUUCAAAAUCUUUCGAUAAUUCAGAAGAAACACGAAUAACACCCGCUGAGAGAGAAGCUACAUUGUUACGUUAUGAAGAUCCAACGGAUGAUUUUUUAGAAAUGUUUAUUCAAUUCGGUUAUGUAAGUAUGUUUACUGGCAUAUUUCCAUUAGCCGGUUUAUUGGCUUUUAUGAAUAAUGUAAUUGAAAUACGAGGUGAUGCAUAUAAAUUAUCAACUAGUUAUCAACGUCCAUUUGGUCAAUUUGCAAAUAGUAUUGGUAUUUGGCAAUUAGCAUUAGAUGUUGUCAGCUAUAUAGCUGUCAUUGUGAAUAUUGCUUUACUUGGCAUAUCUGGAACUGUACAACGUCUGUUUCCUAAUUUAUCUGCUUCACAGUUGAUUAUUUUUCUUGUUCUGAUUGAAGUAAGUCAGAUGACUGGCGAAGACAGAUAAUAAAAUAUAUGGUUAUUCUUUUAUUUUUGUUGAGCAAUACAUUCAAUAUGCAGUUUAUGUUAUUGUUAUUAAAUGUUCUCUUUUAAAAUAUGUUUUGUAAUUAGCUAAAAUUACAUCUGUGUCACUUUUUUAUUUAUUUUCAAUACCUCUUUGUGCUGGUCAUUGAACAGACUGUUGUAUAUUGAAUCAAUAAGCACUUAUAGUGUAAUGUUUGAAGUGAUUUAUUAUGUGAAAUAAGUCGAAAAGAUUUGUUGACAGCAUUAUAUUAUCUUAGAUUACACUGUUGAGAUUGUGAAUGAAGAAUAAAUUAGCAUAUUAUCAUUAUUAUUAGCUUUAUUCAAUAUUAUAUUUUGGUGUAAUAUAGAACUCUCAGCACAAAAUAUUUCAAUGAGUUUCCGUUUCUUAUUUGUUCAUUGAUAUUGAUGAUAAAUAUUGAGCAAUAGCCAGUUAGACGUUAGCAUUACAGAAAUCGACAUCUGAAUAAUGUUCAUUCUUUUCAAUCCAUAUUGCUAACAAUCACGAUAUUUCCGAUUGUACAUUUUCGUAACUUGUACCGAGAAAGGUCGUAAACUUUUCACGAAUGCACCUGAAUAAGUUUUGCAAUUAAUUGACAUAAUGAUCUGUUAAAAUAAACAAUGAAACAGAUAACUUGUUGAAAUAUCUAGAUGGCAGGAACAGAUACCCCAGAUUUUGAAGCAGGCCUCUAUUUUGUUAUCAUAUUAGUAACAGUACAAUGUAGACACGGGCAAACGUACUUUAAUUUUUAUUUGAACACCGUACAAAUGCAGAUAUUACAUCAGGAUGGCUGAAUAUACAAAACCCUAAAAAGUUUAAAAUUAUGAUACUGAAAAUGAAACAAACAUUUAUUUUAGUAAUUGUCCAUUUUAACAAUAGCAAUCUAUGAGUGAAAUUAUAGCGUCUGGUACUUUGUCACACCUACAUAGAUUAUUCAGUUUUACACGCAUAUACGUUCAUAUAAAAACAGUCGAUUGUAAGCGAAUAACUGACAUGGUCAAAAUAUGUGCAGAUAUUGGCUCAAAAAGGAUAAAUUAAUUCAUCUCUUCAAAAGUCAGAAUAAUCCAUGUAGAGUAUGAUGAAGUACUAGAUGCUGUAAAAUUAGUGCAACAGUGGAUAAUUUUUAUUGCUUUGUUGUAAUCAAAAUUUUAACUAAGUACGUUUAAUUUUGUAGAUCAUUCAACCAGUAGUUUACGAAUAAUCCACUAUCUUAUUAGCCUGUGACUGAAAUCAAUCAGUCGAUGGGUGAAUCAAGUAUAAAUGUUGUUUUGUGAAACACCACAACGUAGUGUUGUGAAUUGUUGGAAGGAUACUGAUCCAUAAUCUUUAUGUCUAAUUUUUCAAUUAAUUUUUUCAAGUAUGUGAGUUUUUUACAGGAUAACAAGCUACCAGAUAAUAUACAGUAAUAAUUUAUCGACCAUUCUCUCCUCUUCCUACUAGCAUGCAAUAAUCAUAACACGUGCUGCGAUCAGUGCACUUGUUCCGCAUACGCCUACUUCUGUUGUACUUCAGAUAGCUAAAUUAGAGCAUCGUAGACGAGAAGCCCUUAAGAUACUUGAACGUGAAUCGAUGCGUGAACAUCAACGUCAACAAUCACCUUCUAAUAUAUGAAAACCUCACAACAGAAUUUGUAUGAAGAAUUCAUUAACCUUGCCGUACUUUACUUCAUGUCAUUUUGAUUUGAUAAAUGCAACUGACCAAAUAAGCAAUAUUUCAUUUUUUUAAUAACAUUCUUUAUAUGAAAAACACCAAUGAAAUAUGAUUUUCUACUACUUAUUUCUAACUUAUUAUCAGCUUAAUUUACCGCAAUAUUUUCUUGGUAAUGUAAUAUUCAUUUCUGUAUUUUUUUGAAUUAAAUGAUAUUUUAUCCUUUUUCAAAUACAAACUGUUCAAUAAAUAACAGCUUUCCUAUUU